AAUAUUGCAGCCUACAAUAAACAUGGAUACUGAUGCUGAUCUAAUAAUAGCAGCAUGUGGAAUAAUUUUAGCUGGGUCCCUGAAGAGAAAACGACAGUGUUGGGUUAGACCAAGCUUAAUGAGUCGCAGUCGUUACAGUAACAGUGAUAGAAUAAAAGAUUUAAGAACAGACGAUUUGAUUGUAAAAAGACCCUUACAUUUUAAGACAUUUAUGUCGUUAACGUUUACCGACUUUGAAUAUUUACUAAGCAUUGUUGGACCCACAAUAGUUAAAAAAAAUACAAAUUACAGAAGUGCAAUUUCACCAACGGACAGAUUAUCAUUAACAUUAAAAUACCUGACUACGGGAGAUUCAUUCAACAGUCUUUGUCACACCUUUAAAGUAUCUCCUCAACUUAUUUCCUACAUUAUUCCAGAAGUGUGCCAAGCUAUCGUAGAUGGACUUUCGGAUUAUGUGAAGAUUCCACGAACAUCAAACGAAUGGACAAAAGUUGCAGAUGGAUAUCUGAGUAGAUGGAAUGUACCUAAUUGUGUUGGAUCUAUGGAUGGAAAGCACAUUAGAAUUGAAUGUCCAGCACGAAGUGGAAGCGAUUAUUUUAAUUAUAAAAUGUAUUUCAGUAUUGUACUGUUUGCAUUAGUGGAUGCAGAUUAUAAGUUUUUAUACGCUAAUGUGGGGUGCCAGGGUCGCAUUUCCGAUGGUGGUGUAUUUGCUAACUCUUCAUUAUGCAGAAUGUUAUAUAAUAAUGAUUUAAAUUUGCCAGAUAAAAAACCUCUACCUGGAAGAAUUAUGCCAGUACCCUAUUUUUUUUUGGGCGACGAUGCGUUUCCUUUACAAACCAAUAUUUUAAAACCUUAUGAUGGUAAUCAUGCGAAAGGGUCUCCCAAGAGAGUGUACAACUAUCGCAUGUGUCGAGGUCGAAGAGUAGUUGAAAACGUAUUUGGACAGUUAACAAAACAAUUUAAGAUAUUUAACAAACCCAUCCAGCUAAAUCCACAAAAAGUUACUAUUGUAACAUUGGCAUGUAUUCAUUUGUUCAAUUAUGUAAAACGACAUGGUAUAAUACAACAAAAUGAAUAUGAUACUGAAAAUAGUAGGGGAGAAAUCAAUCCAGGAGAUUGGCGCAGGGAACCACGUGAAAAUAAUUUGUUUGCUGACUUGCCUAGACAAGACAAUACACAUUCCCUUGAGGUUACAAGGACACAAUCUCCUGAGGUUAUAAGGACAGAAUUGGUUCAAUAUUUUCUUUCCGAUGUCGGGAGAUUACCAUGGCAGAAUGAUCAAUGACUAACUCGUAAGUUU